AUGAAGUUUUUCGCCACUGCCCUCUUGCUCGCUGCUACUGCCGUGGCUCUGCCCCAGCCGGGAUCCGACGGCAACAUCCAGUCUAUUCCCAAGGGUAUGACUGUGAGCCAGGCUCAAGCCAAGUGUGGCGACAACGCCAAGGUCAACUGCUGCAACAAGUACACCACCAACAAGGAUAUCACCACCAACAACUCCGGCCCCCUUUCAGGUGCUCUGCAAAGUGCCCUGGCGCAGGGCCUGGGCAUUGGUGAGGGGUGCAAUGAUCUCAGCGUCAACGUGCCUGUCCUCAACAUUGUUGGAGGUGGUAUCGACCAGCUGGUUGAACAGAAGUGCAAGCAAAACAUUGCUUGCUGCCAGAACGACGGGUCGAGCGCUGACAACAACCUUGUUGGCGUUGCUCUGCCCUGUGUUGCUCUGGGAGGCAUCAUUUAA